AUGGACUGGCCAUUGGAGGACAAAACAUUUAGCCGUACUUGCCCUACUUGUCGACAGCUCGUUGCAAGCUCAGCGCUGAUUCUACCAAUGAAUUCAACUGUGAGUCUGGAAAAUGAAACAUAUUUCAAUGGAACAUGUUUGUCUCAGCCAAAUCUUUGCAUCAACGGAUUGACAUUUGGUAUUUGGAUUUGGUUUGCGGAGUAUGACAAUAACACUUCAAAUGAACCAGAGAGCACAAUUUUACAAUCUGGUGUUGAGUCAGGAAUUACACUGUCAGCUACAAGCAAGAAUGUUUCUUUCAAAUUAUUUAAUGGCGAAAAUUCCCGUGCAUGUAGUUUACGAAUAAAUGAUUUCAAUCGUUGGGUUCACGUAGUUGGAAGAUGGGUAAAGGAAUCGAACUACAUCAAUUUACAUGUCGACAACAAUAUGAAUGGUAGUUAUACACAAUACUCGUUCGAUUCAAGUGACCCGUCUUUUUACGAUCCGAGAUCUGGUAAUUAUAGUAAUGAUGAAUUGGUUUUGGGACCAAUUGAGAAAGUUGGUGGAGGUUAUGUUGUCGCUCGGAAUUUAUCAAUUUGGAUGCGAGCGAUCAAUGAGUCAGAAUUUGACUAUCUCAUCAAACAGAGUAAGUAAAUGUUAUCCACAAGUUGCCACUGUGUAGAACUGAUAGAGCUAUACUGCCGAAUAUAUAAAGUCAGUUUAGCUUUCUUUUUAUACUAACACUGGAUUAAUAAGGGAAGAAUCGUACUGUACAUCUAGUACAACAUGCAGUUUCGAACAGACACAGUCAUCGCUAGUAUGAACCAAGUUAGUUUAAUUAGCUCGUAGUUGUUUUCCUAGAUAAUGUUAGAGCUAUCCAUGCAGUAUAAGUAACAUUUUAUUUCAUAGGUAAUUUAAGGAUAACAAAAUCUAUUUUUCAGCCGCCCCAAAUAUACCAGAUGAUUGGUCAAGUUGGUCAAACUGUACAAGACAAUGUGAACAGAAACGCUAUAGGGAAUGUCCCCGUCGUGAUUGCAAUUUGGAUAUUAUUGAGACUCGAAUAUGUUACGACAUUGAUGAAUGUGGUAUGUGAGUCUUCUUAGCAAAUCUGCUGCAGAUAUGUAAAAAACAAUUUCUGAACAAACAGUCUCAACACAAAGUUAUAUCAGCUUGUUGAAAAAUCAUUUUAACAAGACUGGUUCAGGUCUGUAACAACUGGAUAACAAAUUGGAAGCAAUUGGUUGGCGCUCAGCCAGAUACCCAACUUGUUGAAACAACUUUUUAAAAAGUCUGCUGCAGCUUUGUAAUAACCUGGGGCGAGUUGUACGAAGGCCGGAUAGCGCUAUCCGUGGUUUCACAGUUUUUCUAGCAUUUUUUCAAAGGUUGAAAAAAUCACUAUCCGGUGGAUAGCGCUAUCCAGCCUUCGUACAACCGGCCCCUGUAUGUUAUUAAAUGUGAAUGCAAUACCAAACUGAUGCAAUCCCAAUAUUUGUUUAUCUCAGGUUUGAGAAUGGACUGGCCAUUGGAGGACAAAACAUUUAGCCGUACUUGCCCUACUUGUCGACAGCUCGUUGCAAGCUCAGCGCUGAUUCUACCAAUGAAUUCAACUGUGAGUCUGGAAAAUGAAACAUAUUUCAAUGGAACAUGUUUGUCUCAGCCAAAUCUUUGCAUCAACGGAUUGACAUUUGGUAUUUGGAUUUGGUUUGCGGAGUAUGACAAUAACACUUCAAAUGAACCAGAGAGCACAAUUUUACAAUCUGGUGUUGAGUCAGGAAUUACACUGUCAGCUACAAGCAAGAAUGUUUCUUUCAAAUUAUUUAAUGGCGAAAAUUCCCGUGCAUGUAGUUUACGAAUAAAUGAUUUCAAUCGUUGGGUUCACGUAGUUGGAAGAUGGGUAAAGGAAUCGAACUACAUCAAUUUACAUGUCGACAACAAUAUGAAUGGUAGUUAUACACAAUACUCGUUCGAUUCAAGUGACCCGUCUUUUUACGAUCCGAGAUCUGGUAAUUAUAGUAAUGAUGAAUUGGUUUUGGGACCAAUUGAGAAAGUUGGUGGAGGUUAUGUUGUCGCUCGGAAUUUAUCAAUUUGGAUGCGAGCGAUCAAUGAGUCAGAAUUUGACUAUCUCAUCAAACAGAGUAAGUAA